AUUUCAGAGGUGGAGAGAGCCGCGAAACUUAUCCGAGACACGGCCAUUGGCCACAAGAUCAUCAGAGUGGAGACCGUUGAAGACAGCAUCGUUUUCUCUGGCUUGAGUCAUGAAAUCUUCGCAACAACUAUCGUUGACCGUACUGUCACAAGAAUCCUAGGCAAGGUAUUCUAUAUUCAACUAGAUGGAGAAGGUAAGGUACCGGUUCUGCACUUUGGAAUGACUGGAAUGCUUCAGGUCAAAGGUCAAAUGGCCACAUAUUAUAGGGAAACACCGCGGAAAGCGUCUACGGACUGGCCACCAAGAUUCAUGAAGUUCAUUCUACAUUUGCAACACUCAACAACUAAAGCCAUCACCGAAGUCGCGUUCCUGGAUGCGCGACGACUUGGCCGAAUCAGACUGUGUACUUCACCACUCACGGAACCUCCUAUAUCUUCCAUGGGAUUUGAUCCUAUACUAUCCAUGCCCUCUCUUGGAGAAUUCAAGAAAGGCGUGCUGAAGCGUUCGUGCCCCAUCAAGGCCCUGUUUCUCGACCAGUCAUUCAGCGCAGGCGUUGGAAACUGGGUUGCUGAUGAGAUUCUAUAUCACGCGCGAGUGCAUCCCGAACAGAGAUGCAAUACAUUAGCAGACUCUCAGCUACAAGCUCUGCAUACUCAGACGUCAGAGGUUUGUCGGAUAGCCGUUGAAGUUAAUGCAGAUGACACCAAGUUUCCCGACGACUGGUUGUUCAAGCAUCGCUGGGGAAAAGGCAAGAAGCAAAAACAUACAAUGACUCUGGUGUGUUUCUCUGGUCCAACGCAUGUCGAGAGCUCCGUUCACAUCCUCAAUGUCUAUCAGCCCACUGGGGAACCAGCUACAAUCAAAUGGAUAAACGUUGGCGGGCGCACCUCGGCAUACGUUGCCGAACUGCAG